UGACAGAGAGGCAAAAGUAGAACCACAAUACUUGUGGUCUCUUCUACAGUUUAGUUUCUCAGAUAAUCAAAUUGGGUGAUUCGGUUUUGCAAGCAGAUUGUGCAAUUCUGAGCUUACAUUUGAAUCCAGAUACCAUCAACUGAUCAUCAUCCAUAUGGCUUUGUCAUUUCUUCCCGUCGUGCUCCAAAAUCUCAACUCCUUGAUCCAAACAGAGGUGGGAUUGCUUUGGAGGGUUGACAAAGAGAUGAAAAAGCUCUCGAGCACGCUCUCCGCGAUCGAGGCAGUCCUCGAAGAUGCAGAGCAAAAGCAAUUGCAAGACAAAGCAAUACAAGAUUGGCUGCGAAAGCUCAAAGGUGCUGCCUAUGAGGUGGAUGACAUCUUGGAUGAUUGUGCAACGGAAGCCCUGCGAUGGAAAACCAAAGGCCAGACCUCUAGUUCUUUGAAGAAGGUAAGCACUUCUGUGUUACAUCCGUUUGAAAACACUAAGUUCCGUCACAAGAUAGGGAAUAGAAUGAAGGAGAUCACAGAGGACUUGAAUGCAAUUGCCGAAGAGCGCAACAAGUUUCAUUUAUGCGAGGCGGUUGUGAGUAAGCGAGAUGAAUUUGCUAACAGCCGCGAAACCAGCUCCUUUUUAACUCAACCAGAAGUGUAUGGAAGAGACGAAGACAAACAAAAGAUUGUUAAAGUUUUGGUGGAGGAUAUAUGUGAGAGGGAUGAGGUCUCUGUGUACCCUAUCAUUGGUAUGGGGGGACUUGGAAAGACGACGCUUGCACAAAUGGCCUUCAAUGCUGUGAGGGUGAAGAGCCACUUUGAGCCCAAAAUUUGGGUUUAUGUCUCUCAGGAUUUCGAUGUGAAAAGGGUGAUACAAUCGACAAUAGAAUCUGUACGUGGAAAAGCUAGUGAAGACUCAGACCUAGAUUCUUUACAGACGCAACUUCGAGACAUCCUGAAUGGAAAAAGAUACCUGAUUGUAUUAGAUGACAUGUGGAAUGACAAUCAAGACAAGUGGGAUACUUUGAAGUGUGUACUAGGUUGCGGAUCAAAAGGCGCUUCUAUUAUCAUCACAACUCGUCUUGAAAAGGUUUCUUCAAUCAUGGGAACUAUCCCACCGCUUUACUUGUCAUUUCUUUCCGAAGAUGAUUGCUGGUUGUUGUUUAGGCAACGUGCAUUUGGCUAUGGAGAUCAAGAACGUCAAGACCUUGUGGACAUUGGAAAGGAGAUAGUGAAGAAGUGUGGGGGUGUGCCUUUAGUUGCAAAGGCCCUCGGAGGGUUACUGCGCUUCAAAAGUGAGGAAAGCGAAUGGAUUUUGGUUAACGAAAGUGAAGUUUGGAACUUGCCUCAUGGUGAAAAUUCCAUCUUGCCUGCCUUAAGGUUAAGUUACUACAACCUUCCACUGGAAUUGAGACGAUGCUUUGCUUAUUGUGCUGUUUUUUCAAAGGGUUGUAAAAUUCUGAAAGAAAAUUUAAUCUAUCUUUGGAUGGCUAAUGGAUAUAUUUCGUGGAAAGGAAAAUUGGAGCUGGAAGAUAUUGGUGAUCACAUUUGGAACGAAUUAUGUCGGAGAUCUUUUUUCCAAGAUGUGGAAAAACAUCUUUCAGGCAUCAUUUUGUUCAAAAUGCAUGAUCUCAUGCACGAUCUUGCCCAAUCUGUUAUGGAAGAUGAAUUUCAUAUCAUGGAGAAUCAAAUCUCAAGUUGUAUACCAAAACAGAGAAUUCACCACGUAACGUUGCUUGGUAACACUAAGUAUACAGUUGUCUUUCCCAAAUCAUUGCAUAGUGUCAAAUCCUUAAGAUCAAUUCUACUACAGUAUCGGGAACCAUUCCACGCCACUCAGGAUGCAUCUGAUCAGUUUUCUUGUGACUUUAGAAAGUUUUGUUUGCUUCGAGCAUUUGAUGCUAGUGGUGCAAAAAUGGUUCAGUUGUCAUCUUCGAUUGGCAAUUUAAAACAUCUAAGGUUCUUAAACCUUUCUGGAACAUCGAUCCAGUCACUUCCAAAAUCAAUUUGUAGCCUCCACAAUUUACAAACAUUGAAUCUUAACUACUGUCAUAAGCUUCGGAGGCUGCCCAAAAACUUGAAGUACCUGAGAAGCCUUCGACAUCUUUAUUUGAAACGAUGUAGGGAAAUUCAUGACAUGCCUCCAAAGCUUGGGCAGUUAACCCUCUUGAAGACAUUAAGUUUAUUUUGUGCGGGUAAGAGUGGAAAUCAACAAUUAGCUGAAUUGAAGCGCUUAGAUCUAGGAGGAGAACUGUGCAUCAAACAUCUUGAGAGAGUGAGGAGUUCAAUAGAUGCCAAAGAAGCCAAUUUGGUCGGGAAACACAAACUUCGAAUUCUUAUGUUGGGCUGGAGUCGUAACUGCGACUGGGAAUCACAAGCAAACGUUGAACAACUACUUGAAGCUCUGGGACCUCACCAUAAUGUUGAAGAGUUGGUUAUCCACCAUUACAAAGGUGCCCACUUCCCUCUUUGGAUGAGGGAUUCAACUCUAAAAAAUGUAGUGUCUAUUGACCUAUUCAACUGUAGUAACUGUUUACUACUUCCUCCGUUUGGGCAUUUGCCUUCCCUGCGAUACCUCAGAAUCUCUGGAAUGGAUUAUGUUGAGUACAUUGACAAUGACUUCCCCAGUGUUGGAUCAGCAAGAGGAUUCCCAUCUUUGGAAGAACUCUAUAUCAGUGAUUUACCGAAUUUAAAAGGUUUGUCCAGGGAGGAAGGAAGAGAUCUACUCCCUCGUCUUGGCAAGAUAUUCAUCUCGAACUGCCCUAAAUUGACCUUGCCACGCCUUUCAUCUUCAGAAACCUUGACGAUGUGCAUUAAUGAGUGCAGCAACAGCAACGUGAUGCUAAGUUCGAUUUCAAAUCUUAUUUGCCUCACCUCCCUCACCGUUUAUGACAACGACGAUGCGAUUUCUUUUCCGGAAGAAAUGUUGCAAAACCUUACUUCUCUUGAAUCUCUACAAAUCACGGUGUUUAGCAAACUUAAAGUGCUGCCUCGAAACCUGUCAGGUCUUGUAUCUCUGAAGUCAUUGAAAAUUGUGGAAUGUCACGAGCUUGAGUCUUUGCCGGAACACGGGCUGCGAAGCCUAAAAUCCUUGCAACAUCUGGAGAUCAGUCACUGCAACAGCUUAAGUUCUUUGUCUGAAAGUUUUGGACACCUCACUGCCUUAGAGGUAUUGGAUGUCCAAGGUUGUCCCAAGUUGGUGGCAAUACCGGAGAGCAUUAAACACCUCUGUUCCCUUCGAGACCUAACUCUUUGCGGUAGGCCUUCAUCUUGGAGUCGGGGUGAGGUUCUUAUUUGUGAAGAGUUGAAGACUUUGCCUGAAGCAUUGCAACAUGUCACUUCACUGCAAUCUCUAUCGAUCUCUGAUUAUCCAGAGCUCACAUCGCUUCCUGAAUGGUUGGGAAACUUUUCUUCUCUUCAAUCGUUGAGCAUUUCCUGCUGCCCCAAGAUUCAAUCAAUUCCGCAGAGCAUUCAAAGCCUAGCCAAACUCAAAACCUUAUCAAUUAGUGGAUGUGAUCCGGAAUUGGCUAGGCGCUGUCAAAAAGAGGAUGGGGAGGAUUGGUAUAAGAUAGCACACAUUCAGGAGUUCUAUAUGUACCCCCUCCCCACACCCUCCGAAACUGCCAGUACCAGUACAAGUAUCUCUCUCUCUCUCUUGAAAGGUCGUCGUCAACUAAUAAAGAAAUUAUUUUGAGGGCUUCACUUUUGCAAGAGUUAUCAUCCCAAAGUCAAAACCCUUCGCUGACGGAAAUCAUUCACGAUUGUACAAGUACGUCCAUUGCGAACCUUUCUACCUGUUCGUGUAUACAGUAUAUUCUACAUGAAUGAAUUUUUGCCACUUGCACUUUAAAAAAGUAUGUAAGCUUCUCUUGUUCACGUUGUUGAAAACUAAACAACCCCUUUUGAUUGCGAGAAA